AUGCCACCAAGCAUUAGUCGCGUAUACGCUGAUGCCAACGAGAAGCACAGCCGCUCUUGGUGGGAUUAUGACAAUUUGACUGUGUCCUGGGGGGAGCAGAUAUCGUAUGAGAUUGUGAGAAGAGUCGGCCGUGGAAAGUACUCGGAGGUAUUUGAGGGCAUAAACAUCAACAACGACGAAAAGUGCGUUAUUAAGGUCCUCAAGCCCGUAAAGAAGAAGAAGAUCAAGAGAGAAAUCAAGAUAUUGCAAAAUUUGGCUGGCGGUCCGAAUGUAAUCGCUUUGCUGGAUGUUGUUAGGGAUCCAAACUCAAAGACUCCUUCUAUUAUAUCCGAGUACAUCAACAACACCGACUUCAAGCUGCUCUACCCAAAGCUGACAGAUUUCGAUAUAAGAUUCUACAUCAACGAAUUGCUCAAGGCACUCGAUUUCUGUCACUCAAAGGGUAUCAUGCACAGGGAUGUUAAGCCUCACAACGUCAUGAUAGAUCACCACAAGAGAAGGCUUAGGCUGAUCGAUUGGGGCUUGGCUGAGUUUUACCAUCCAGGCACAGAGUACAACGUCAGAGUCGCAUCGAGAUACUUCAAGGGGCCAGAGCUGUUGGUUGACUUCCAAGAGUACGACUACUCAUUGGACAUGUGGUCUUUGGGUUGUAUGUUCGCGUCCAUGAUAUUCAGGAAGGAGCCUUUCUUCCAUGGACACGACAACUACGAUCAGCUGGUUAAGAUCGCAAAGGUGUUGGGUACAGACGAACUCUACUCGUACCUCGACAAGUACAACAUCGAGCUCGACAGCCACUACGAUGGGAUCCUCGGCAGAUACGCUCGUAAGCCAUGGAAUAAGUUUAUUAACUCAGAGAACCAGCAAUGGGUUUCGGCUGAAGCAAUCGAUUUCCUCGACCACCUGCUGAGAUACGACCACCAGGAGAGAUUGACUGCACAAGAAGCGAUGGCUCACCCGUACUUUGAACCAGUGCGUAAUUCUGACAUUAGACCAACGUAA